UGUAACGCCUUGGCUUUUCUUGCAGUGAAAAGCUUUAAUUAUGUGCCCCAACCAACUGUCCUGCACACUGAUUGGAAAAGUGUUAUGAAAAGGACAGGGCCUGAUCUUACCGUUCAGCCAUCUCUGGAGGACCCUAACCAGAGGCAAGCAAAAAGACAAAGAUUAGAUUAUGUUAUCUCCAAAUUGACAAAGACGGUGCAAGGAGUUGCCAAUCUAUUUAAAUUGCCAUCCCAGCUGACCAGUAGGUACCUCAAGACAUCAGUUUGUAAUGGAGCUCCCAGUGCAGAAUCUACAGAUGAGACUAUUUCAAAUUCUUCUGAUUCUUCGACUGGCAGACUGAUUGACUCUGCACCUGGAAUAGAAAUGCUACAACUGGAUAAGAAAAUACGCUGUGGCGCUAGCGUUUGUGCCAGCAAAGAGACACUACCUAUUUCUUGCAAGACUGUGCCUUGCCUGAGAAACCUCUGCAACACGACAAUGAGUAGUAAACACCAUACCAAAUCCAUUCCAGAAGGCUCUUUGCCAUGGAGACUGUCUAGUCAGGAGAACAUAGCGGGAGCCUCCACUUCAGAUGCUGGCAAGCUCGUGAGGAGACCUCACUGUACUGUGGAAGAGGAUGUACAAAGAGAAGAGAGAGAGAAGUACAAACUACUGUUGGAACUAGUAAAGGAAAAGUAUCCUAGAAACUACUCCACUCCUAUAGCUGCAAACCACUGCAAUUCUCCAGGAUACUUCAAGGAGCCCGUGAAGACUGAUAGCCACGUGGAAGAAAGGUAUCCUGCGGUCAGGGUGCCUACGUUUCUGACACGAAGGAAUGGGGUCAGAGGUGCCAAAUCACGGGGCUCACUCCGGUCUCGGAGAAGCGAUGUGAACAGAUUGCAGACUUCAGCAGAAAACGCGCACGAACCGACAAUUGGGCAGAAAAAUGAAGGGAGAUGGCUGGAGGCUGACCUGUCAAAAGAGGUGUCAGUUCGGUUAUGCCUGGGCAGCAGGAGCUCUGCUGUAGCCAGAAGGCCAGCUGCACUAGUGGUGAAAGAGCAGACGUGCCCAGGCCCACAGAAGAGCUCAGAGCGCCUUCCUGAACUCACCGAGGAGAUGGAGAGAGAAAUCACAAACGCAUUAGGCUAUGGCCAGGAGGAUGAGAUCCUGAGCAGCGCCUUUAAAUUAAAGGUUACUCGUGGGGACCUCCAGACUCUCAGGAACCAUCACUGGCUCAAUGACGAGGUCAUCAAUUUCUACAUGAAUCUUCUGGUGGAGAGAAAUAAGCAGCAGGGAUUUCCAGCACUCCAUGCUUUCAGUACUUUCUUCUACCCCAAAUUAACUUCCGGGGGUUACCAGGCAGUGAAAAGAUGGACCAAAGGUGUGGAUCUCUUCAAGCAAGACCUCAUCUUUGUGCCUAUUCACCUGAGGGUACACUGGGGAUUAGUGGUAAUAGAUGUCAGAAGAAAGACCAUCAGAUACUUUGACUCGAUGGGACAGAGAGGCCACAGUAUCUGUGAGAUGUUGCUCCAAUAUCUGCAAGAAGAAAGCAAAACCAAGAGGAACCUAGAUCUCGAUCCUUUGGAGUGGACACUUUACAGCAUGAAAGCACACGAAAUCCCACAGCAGCUGAAUGGCAGUGACUGCGGGAUGUUUACCUGUAAAUAUGCAGACUACAUCUCCAGAGACAAACCCAUCACCUUCACUCAGCACCACAUGCCUCACUUCCGCAGAAAGAUGGUCUGGGAGAUACUCCAUCAAAGGCUGCUGUGACCCAGUGAUACUGUGAGCCACGUCAAAGUGGCGAUUAGCCCUUGGCUUCACUAAUUUGUUUCAAUGCCUUAUGUCUAAGGCACCUGAGCUAACGGCUUCGUGUCCUCGGAGCGGACUGUCAGUUGUUGAAUGACAGUUGUGUGGGACAUGCCAACACGUCCUAGCCGCCCCACAAAGCUCUCACCCGGAGCUAAGACGCCGGAGGGCCUGGAGUGGGUGGUUCAUCCCCGAGUCCCAACGAAUGGCGCCGCUUCGGACUGGCAACUUCUCGUGCGUCACUGCUGCCAGUGGAACUGCAGCGCACUCUGGCUGGCGCAUCUCAGGUCUGCUUCCCAGGCCCCGUGUGUUUAGCGACUGGGGCCAGAGGGGCCCGUUCUGCUGCUGGGCUUUAGAAGCCUCCCCUUAAUUCCUAAACCCGGCUUUGGAGAGCCCCUAGGAAUGAGGCACUUACGUUUUGAUUUGUAACAAAUCCAUGGCGAAGCCCGUGGCCGGGGCUGUUUGUUUCAGGAGGUGUGAAUGUAUUUAUUUUCUUUAUUAAAAUGGAAGUGUGCUGUAACGUA